GGAAUCCCAACGCUACGGGAUUUAGUGACUGUUAAAUGUCGUGCCUGAUGCAAGCUUGCGUAUUCCUUCUUUUUAAACAUCAUUACCAACUUUAAUUGUUUCUGCCUAACGACUCGCUUAAAAGUGACGAAGGAAGCCACCAAGAUAUACAAAUUGGAAUAGGAGAAUUUACCUUCGAAGCAAACUUUAGAAAGCUUUCUCAAUUCCAACACUACCAUUUGACUGUUGCCUACCCCGAUUCAUCUCGCCGACAACUCGCUAGAUCUCCCCCGAAUCACAUCUCGACUACCCAGGUCGUCGCAUAUAUACACGAUCGUAUUAUCUCCCGUAUAACGCCCUCUACAAAUUCACCAUGGCGGCCAAUAUACCGGCAAAGAUGAAACAGGCGGGAAUUACCCCCUUUAUUGUUCGCGCUUCACAACUCGAGACUGCAAAGCCUGUUAUCGCAUAUUGGUGUUUCUAUUGGGCCGUCAACCAAAUCCUUAGCAAACAACUUCACACCGCUGACGAGGAAUGCCACCAAUACACCAUAAACUUGAUGGAUAAGUUGGAGCAGACAAAGGAGCAGCAUGCGGGAAACGAUGCGAUUCACGAUGACACAGCUGGACAAGCAUACGUAGAACAAUUUGCGCAAGAGACCUUCGAGAGAGCGCUUCGACCGCUGAAAGCCAACAAAGCUACACAGCAAACGGCGAGUACGUUCGAAGCGGCAGCGACGUUCUUCCAGCUGGUCAAUAUCUGGGGGGCACCCGAUGCCGAAACACAAGAUAAGAUUAAAUACGCAAAAUGGAAUGCGGCCCGUAUAUUGAAAGCCAUAAAGGAAGGCAAGGAUCCAAAUGAAUCCAAUCCAAAGCAGGAGGAAGCCAAAGAAGAAGAGGCAGCACCAGCACUUGACCCGAACGAUCCAGAAGUACAAAUGCUUGGAGCCGCACAACCAAAACCAGCGAGUGUAGAGGAUGUUCCUGAUGAGGAUGGAAGACUACACCCACAAUCGACUGGUACUUACCAGACAUUCCCAGCUCCCGUAUCUGCGCCUACAUCACCUCCCGCUCCCUCAGUACCAGUGCCUGACCAGGUAUCUCCUAUAAUACCCCCAAAUCCACCCACAGGAGAGCCAGGAAGCUAUUUCCCGGACGCACCGAGUGCAUCCGAUACUCUAGACUUGCCAUCUACGACGAGCAUGCCGCCUCCUGGCCCAACUACUUACGACUCGUCAGGUGCUACACCACUGAUACCAAGCCCCAGCUCCCACGAUCCUGCAAUUCCACCUUCAGCUCCGUUCUCCCCACCGAACGUAUCUACACCACCGCAAGAUUUCUACCGUUCACAACCAACACCUCCAGUCAUUCCACAAUCACAGCAACGGAUCCCCCCACCCCAAGCGCCACCCGCGAGCCAGAACUACUACUCACAACCAACUCAACCUGUGAUCCCGCGGGCGGCGUCUGUUAUACCGGCGCAGCAGUAUGGAGGUAAUAGUAGCGGGGGUAAUGGGGGAAGUGCACCAGCAAAUGCGAAUACGUAUAACACGGAUGAUAUGGCAAUGGUGCAGGCGCAGAAACAUGCCAAGUGGGCUAUAUCCGCGCUGAAUUUUGAGGAUGUGCCAACUGCGGUUAAGGAGUUGCAGGCUGCGUUGGAGAGUCUGGGCGUGCGGUAACGGGAUUGUUUGGGAAGGGUGGAUGUGGUUAUGCUUGAUACCUACCUAAGGACCUACCUAAGGACUUAGGGAAUUAGAAAAUCGGGAUGUUAGGAGAAUUGAAAAGGACUUAAUGAUAUUGUGCUAUGCUGGCCCAAAUUGAGAUUUUGGUGUUGGAUAGAUGACCUAUGAGCUGGCUUAGUUGCAUCGAUUACCAAAACGCCUAUCACCGAAAAUAUUACCAAUUACGCCACGCAACAAAUAAAUCGGUGCCC